ACAACAACAACAACAACAAAACUCAUAAAUUUCCUUUCAAGAUUAUACUAAAGUUUGAGUCUUUUUUUCUUGUGUAGCAAAUUAUGAUUUCAGCAUGGAGAAAAAAGAGAACAGAAAAAAGGGUCACAAAGAGAGGAUUAAUGAAGAAAACAAAGACGGAGUUAGUGAUUCCAAGCCAAUUUACAUGUCCAAUUUCACUAGACUUAAUGAAAGAUCCAGUGACAUUAUCAACAGGGAUCACAUAUGAUCGAAAAAACAUCGAAAAAUGGAUUAAUGAAUCUGGGAAGAAUCAAACAUGUCCCAUCACAAAUCAAGAAUUGAAGUGUGACAUUGAGCCUGUUUUAAUUCCAAAUCACAACAUUAGGAAAAUGAUCCAACAAUGGUGUGUCGAAAACAAGGAACAUGGUAUCGACAGGAUUCCAACGCCAAGAAUCCCCGUUUCAUCAACCGAUGUUACUGAAAUGCUCGCAAAAAUAACAAAUUCGAGCAAAUUAGAGAUGCAAGACUCUAAUAUGUGCAAAGAAUUAGUCAUCAAAGUGAAGAAUUUGGUGAAUGAAAGUGAUCGAAACAAACGUUGUUUUGCCACCAAUGGCACAACAAAGGUGUUAUCAGCUGCAUUUCUUGAAUUUUCGGAGGGGAAGAAUAUGACAAAUGCAUCAACAGGAGAAGUGAUUUUGUCAACUCUGACAUUAUUUUUGCCUUUGGAUGUUAAGUCCAAGUCAAUUCUUGGGUCGAUUUCAUCGUUAUAUUUCUUAGCAUGGUUCUUGAAUAAUGGGAGUUUAUCAAGCAGGAGAAACGCGGUUUUCGUGCUAAGAGAAAUCCUGAAAAUGGAGGAACCUGACAAAGUUGAAACCUUGUUGAAAAUUGAAGGUGCAUUAGAAGGCUUAGUUAACUUAGUGAAAGAACCAAUUUGUCCUACUACUACAAAAGCUUCAUUAUUAGCAAUUUAUCACAUGGUUAAUUCAUCAUCACAAGCAUCAAAAUCAAGAUUUGUUGAUGUGGGGUUAGUUGAAUUGUGUCUAGAAGUUCUUGUAGAUUGUGACAAGAGCAUAUGUGAAAAAGCAUUAGGUGUUUUGGAUGGGAUUUUGAGCUAUGAAGAAGGGAGAAAAAGGGCUUAUAGUUAUGCACUAACUGUGCCUGUUUUGGUCAAGAAAUUGCUUAGAGUCUCAGAUUUGGCUACUGAGUUUUCAGUUUCAAUUUUGUGGAAGAUUUGCAAGAAUGAAAAAAGGGAAAAUAAUGAAGGUUGUGUUCUUGUUGAAGCACUUCAAGUUGGUGCUUUUCAAAAGCUUUUGUUGUUGCUACAAGUUGGUUGUAGUGAAACAACAAAAGAGAAAGCUAGUGAGUUGUUGAAGUUGUUGAAUGUGCAUAGGGAUAGAGCAGAAUGUGUUGAUUCUUUGGACUUCAAGAGUCUCAAAAGGACAUUUUGAACCUCAGCUUACCAUCAGUGGUGAAGACAGAAUUUACACCAAAAGAGUUCAACAUCUACUAUAUAUACAUAAAAAGAAAGAUUGCCUUAUAUAUGUAGUGUGAUUAUCCGGCGAAGGAGAUUCAGAUGAAUGACCUUUCUGCCCCUGGUUAGAUACAUGGUUCAUUUUUUAUUGUAGAAAAGUAAAUCUAAAAAUAAGGAAAAUGUAUAGUUCAGAUGACACUUUUUUACUAUCAUUCUAUAUAAAUACAUACGUUGAUAUA